UACUCACAAAAUAUCAGUUAUCAGACGAACAUGUAACGCUUUUCCGUGUGGUUGAUUUAAAGGGACAUUUAUCAUUUUCAUUUAUGUAUACUUUCUAAUAUACCUGUUACUAUUCGGAUAGUUUUUCUUUUUCUAUCAGGAAAUUGAAAAGUAUCAUCUGCUUCGCGUAUCUGUCAGGGCAAUUCUUUUUUUGUAAAAAAUCAAUCAUGCCGAACUUUGCGUCAACAAGAGUUUUCAGUGAAAAUGAUUCGUUGUCAGGAUUGAAUGAAGAUAAGUAUCAUGAUUCAACCAUACUGGUUCAAAAUGGACAAAAAAGCUUUGGAAAAACCCAUGUCCUACUCAACUUAAGCAUGAAAGUUCGAAAAGGGACAAUUUAUGGGUUGAUUGGAUCAUCUGGAUGCGGCAAAACCACUCUACUGUCAUGUAUCGUCGGACUGCGAAAGUUGACUAAAGGCAAAAUUUAUGUUUGCGGAAAGAAGCCCGGAGAAAAAGGUUCUGGUUUGCCUGGUAGACUUGUCGGAUAUAUGCCACAGGAAGUAGCACUUAACGGUGAAUUUACAAUUCGGGAGGUAUGUCACUACUUUGGUAGAAUAUACGGCAUGGAAAAGAAUUUUAUUGAUGAUAGAAUUGAAAAACUACUCAAACUUCUCGAUCUUAAGAAUUCUAAUCAGUACAUCAAUACGCUGAGUGGUGGUCAACAGCGUCGAGCCUCAUUCAUUGUUGCCUUACUUCAUGAACCGUCUAUCCUAAUUCUUGACGAGCCUACAGUCGGUGUCGAUCCAGUGCUUCGGGCAAGCAUUUGGCAGCAUCUUCGAGAUAUUGUUGACACAUACGGAACAACUGCGAUAAUAACGACACAUUAUAUCGAAGAAAUGAGACAAGCCAAUACGAUUGGCAUUAUGCGAAACGGCGUAAUGAUGACAGAGGAAUCACCUGCAAGGCUACUUGAAAUCAAUAAUGCUAAUAUGCUUGAAGAUGUUGUCCUGAAAUAUUGUCUGAAAGAUGAAGUACCACAAAUAGAAUGUGGUCCUGAGACCGCAGAAACAUUCAAUCCUGCCAUGUACAAACAAGAUGAAAACACAAAGAGUAGUCAAACGCGUUCAAUUCACAGAAUCGGCGCUCUUACAAUAAAAAAUUUGAUCGUCCUGAUGAGGAACAUAGGAUUUUUGCUGUUUACAUUCGGCUCACCGGCACUAAUUGUGUCAAUUUUUUGCUUUGCAAUCGGUUCGUCACCAAAGGACCUUGGAAUGGGCGUAAUAAAUAAUGAGCUCGUCGAUUGCAAAAAUUUUAACCGAAAUAACAUCUUGUGGCAUCAGUAUUGGCCUUUCAAUAAAAAAAUUUAUCUUCGAUGCCUACAAUCAUUUACCAUCAAUCUUUUAUCGAAAUGCGGUGUAAAGGCGACGGGAUUGGACACUCCAGUUUUUUUUGAAGAUCCCAUUUAUGGCUCUGAAGAUUCUGAAUUUACAUAUUUUGUUGCACCCGGUGUAACCACGGGAUUUUUAUUUUUCAUGAGCGCGCUAACAUGUGGACUAGCUUAUAUCAUUGAAAAGAAGGAUGGCAUGUUACAUCGGAGUUUAAUUGCCGGUGUUACAACGAUGGAAAUUAUGGUGUCCCAUUUUAUUCCGCAAUUUGCAGUUGUCAUCGGGCAAGCAGUUCUUGCAUUUGUUAUAAUGUUUGUUGUAUUUGAAAUUCCACAAACUGGAUCACCGGUGCUUGCAUUCUUUCUUGUCUUACUCUCUUCGGUUUGUGGUAUGGCAAUGGGAUUCAUGGCGUCUACAUUAUUCGACGAAGAGAAGAGUGCUAUGCUGAUGGCGAUAGCUCUAAUUUUUCCAAAUUUCCUAUUAGCUGGAUUAAUUUGGCCAAUUGAAAGCCUACCGGGUACAAUGCAAAAAAUUAGCUUAUUCCUGCCAGGAACGUUGGCUUGUGAAAGUAUCCGAGCAAUACUGUUACGUGGCUGGGGAUUCUCGUAUUUUACGGUGUGGGUUGGUUUUGUAUCAACCAGUGGAUGGAUAAGUGUUUAUGUCAUUGCUACGUACAUCAUUUACAACAUCAGGAAAUAGAACAGUUCGUGCUUUUAAGAGGCGCUGAUAAACUUUUACGCUGAUAGAAGCGACAAGAUUAAACUCUGGCUAGUGCACUCUUAUGUAGGGUGAACAAUAUUGAAGUGAUAGACUCAACACAAUUGAAGUAGCAGAUUUAAUGAUUUUGUUAUGAUACGUUUGCCGUAUCUAAAAGAUUUUAAAUUCUUGCAACACUUACAGUCACAAUGUACACAUUACCUCCUUCGCCAGUCUAACACAGAUACCUGACUUAUUUCAAUAAAACUAUGCUGGUCAAAUAAAAA